AUGGCCCCAGUAUUCGUCUAUCCAUUCUUUUUACUGAAGCACUUGAGAUUGCGCAAGGAACAAAAGAUCGGCCUCAUUGGCAUCUUUUCCUUGGGAACCAUCACCUUAAUAGUCAGCCUUUCACGAUUCAUCGCAUACAAUGUCACCAACUUUGAGCUCGAGGACGAAUCCGGCAACACAUUAACCCUCGCCGAAAUGAGUACCGCCGUCAUCGUCGUUUGUCUCCCCGGCCUUCGAACAUUCAUCGUGCGAUCGAAAAAGUCUACAAAUCGCUCAUCCUCACACCAGCUCAGCGGCUACGGCAACCACACAAGGAUAGGAGUGGGACAAACAUCGAAGACGGGCGGACAUAAAGGACAAGGGCCACCAUCUUCGUAUGCAAAAUGGGGCGUGAGAGAUGAUGAGAUCGAGUUGGUAACUCACAUACGCGUUUCCCACGAACUGGCGAAUCCGGAUGCUUGUAGCGCGAGCGAGCAAAGCGCGACGAGUCGCAAUUUGGGAUUAUGA